UCGGGCUUAGCCUCCGCCGCGUGGCCCGCGCGCGCGGAAGGCUGCGCGCGCAUUUCAGCACCCCGCCGGCUUGGUAAGAAAAAAACGACUCGCUCGUCUUCUUCUAUUGCGGGUUUUUGUCGGUGCGGUGCGGAACAGGCAGAAGUUCAACAGGCAUGACUUGCCGGCAAUGGAUGCAGCGGGGGAUGAAGUAUAGGUAGUCCUCGACCUGAGACCACAAUUGAACCCGAAAUUGAUUUUGUGAAACAGUUGGUAUCACUUGCUGAACCUUAAAAAAGUAGACAUGUCAAUGGGAGAAACCCCCAAUAAAAUAAGCUACUUGAAACCCUUGAAGUCACUGGAGCCUGAUUCGUUGUUGAAACUCCUGAAAACAUCUAUAGUACAUGCGGAUGGUACCCUCGUGGCCAUUAACAAACCUUGUGGUAUCCCUAUAUCAGGCAAGCCAGAAGACCUGACUUUGCAAUCUGUUCUGCCACAGCUAAGCCAGAUUCUAAAUCUCCCACAAGAUCUCCAGGUGAUCAAAGCUCCAGAAAAGGAAGGUUCUGGACUUGUUCUGCUGUCAAGCUGCCCAAACACCACCCGAUAUCUCCAAGAUUUUUAUAGUCAGCGCAAGAAGAAAAAACAUCCAGUUGCUACUUACUGUGCUGUUACUACCAGGACUCCAGUAGCUACGGAAGGAGAAAUUAAUACAGGCCUCAAGAUGGUGGACGUUGAUGGCUUUGACAUGGUAGUGCCGGUGGCUUCCCCUUCUCGCAAGAGCCUCCAAGCCAAGGAGGUGAAAAGGACACUGUCGUACUACAAAGUGCUAGACUCAAAGGAGGGCUGUGCCCUGUUGCAGCUGCAGCCAGUGACAACUUUCCGGAACCAGCUGCAGGUACACCUGACCUUGAUCCUGAGCCCUCUGCUAGGAGACCACAUGUAUUCGUCUCGGGUGGGAACAGUUCUUGGAGAACCUUUUCUCUUGCCUGCUGAGGAGACUCCGCCCCGGACACAGGCUCUGGAGGAACAUAUGAUGCAAAAGCUCCGGUUACGGCCACAAGUGAUGUUUCGCUUGCAGCUCCACCUCCACCUCCACCAACUUCUGCUCCCUGAGGGUUGCUGUUCUUCCUGCACUCUAUUGGUGGCGCCCCCUCCUCCUUUUUUCCUCCAGACACUUCGUAGCCUCGGACUUAACCUGCCCCCUAUGAGCAGCAAGCAGUGAAAAAGUCUGCAAAGCAUUUGUCCUGGAUUCGUUCACUGCUGACAACCCAGUCAAGUGGAUGCAGCUGCCGUUAAAAUCUAGGCCCACACAAGGAAAAGGUCAUGUCAUUGUGGAAGAAAGCUUCUGCUCCUUCUGGGAAGAGGCUCAGAUGUAUUCCACCACAGUUGCUUGAAUAGGUGGCGUACAAAUGACUGGCAGUGGAAAAAAUGCUUAUCAAAAAGUAUGAGAGGAAGGAAAUUUCUAAGUAAAAACCUCCUUUAUAACUAGUUGGUAUAAUCUGGCUACAGAAGGUACCAUAUUUUUUGGAGUGUAAAACACACUUCCCCCCUCCCCCCAAAAGACGGUGAAGAUUUGGGUGUGUUUUAUACACCGAAUAUAGCCCUGCCCACCUGCUGGCCCCCAUCCUUCGGCCUCCGCCGUCCUCUCAAACAGAGCUUUUGGAGGUUGCAAACUCAGCUGCUCAAAUGGAGCUUUCAGAGGGUGAAAAAGAAAGGUGCAGAAGCCAAAAUGGCUACCUGGAACAGCUGCUACCUUGUCGGACCGGUUCCGCACUUCGCCUGCUGUACUCACUGGACCGAUCAGCUGCAUUUUUGAAGCUGUGUAUCUGCCCCAACGAGGCACGUGUGAGUGUAGUGAUUGUAUGCACACGGGCUUUCACAAUCAACAAACCUGUUGUAAAGUUUACCUAUGGGAACAGCUGAUGGGUAUUCCAGGAGGCUGAUCCACCAGCCAAUCAGCUGCUUGUGCUGAAUCAGGCUAAUGUGCUGAAGCUGACCAGGC